AGGAACGGAGCGUGAGUCAUCGAGGCCGGCGGCGCCUCCUGCCCUCCCCUCCCCUUCGCUUCCCUCUGUGACCGCGCCGCGGCCCCAUCCAAGGCCGAGGGAGCUCGGCGCCACCGAAGCCCGUGCAUGCUGUGGGCCGAAGCGGGCCCCGGGGCGGGAAAUGGCGGCGUCCCUGACCUCCCCGCAGCUCCAACCCGAGGGAGGCGGACUCCAUGCUCAGUGCUCUGCUCCCCCGGGGAAGCUGAGGCGGAGGCGGGCCCUGGAUGCCCAAAUCAAAGGAACUUGUUUCUUCAAGCUCAUCUGGGAGUGAUUCUGACAGUGAAAUUGACAAAAAGGCAAAGAGGAAAAAGCAAGCUCUUCCAGAAAAACCCAUAAAAAAACAAAAGACAGGAGAGAGUUCUAAAGCACCAGCUUCAUCCAAGCAAAGUAGCAGCCGAGAUGAUCAUAUGUUCCAGAUUGGGAAAAUGAGAUAUGUCAGUGUACGGGACUUUAAAGGAAAAGUCCUAAUUGAUAUUAGAGAAUACUGGAUGGAUCAGGAAGGUGAAAUGAAACCUGGUAGAAAAGGUAUUUCUUUAAAUCCAGAACAAUGGAGCCAGCUGAAGGAACAGAUUUCUGAUAUUGAUGAUGCAGUAAGAAAACUGUAAAAUCAGAGCCAUAUGAAACCUGUACUGUUUUAGUUGUUUUAAUCAGUCUUUUUACAUUGGCUUUUGUUUUCUAAACUAUUUGUUUUCCAAGCUAUUGUAUAUUUGGAUUGCAAAACAAUUUGUAAGAUGAAUCCUUUUUUUUUUUAAAUGUGCAUUAAAAGUGUAUUCUGAGUGAAGCUAAUUGUCUAUACUUUAUUAAAAAGGAAUGCUUUGCAUCCACUCCCUGGUGUAAAAUAAAAUCAAGUAAUAAAAUCUAA